AUGUUUUUAAACGCAUCCUUGAUAAUGCAUUUAUUUUAUAAAAAAUGUAAGAUACCUAUAAUAAAAAUUAAUGGACAGAUAAUGGCGGAAGUAGAUGUAAGAAUCGUUAAUGACAACAAAGCGGAUAUGUCUGAAAAAUGCAUUGAAGAAUUUUUAAAUUAUUCAGGUGAAUAUGCACAAAUGGUUAAUGAAAUUGAUAGAAAUACUUACAAAAAUCCUUCCGAAAAAUGUUAUGAAGUAUUAAAAUAUAUAAAGAAUAUAAAAGAAAAUUUAGAGAACUGUUUUGAAAAAGGUCGUAUACUAGAUUAUUCUUAUAUAGAGGAAAUAAUAAAGAAAUUUCCUAAAAGAUGUGUUGGUAUAUAUAAAUGUCGUAGGAAUGUAGAAACACAUGGUCAAACUUUUGUUCAAAUAAUUUCAGAAAUAGAGAAAUUCCAUAAAGGAAGUGAGGGAUGUAAAGAAGAAUUAACGACGACAGAAGAAGUUAAACCACAUUCAACCUUAAUCCCAGAAACCCAUGAAUCCACAAAUUUGAAAAGUAUAUAUUCCCAUAAAGUUCAAAAACAUGUUAAUGAAGAAGUAUCAGAUCAACAAACCAUAGUAUCUCAGGAGAAACAAGGUGAACGUAACACUGCUAAUCAUCUUGAUGACCAACAUGAAGAAUAUGGAUUAAAAUUCAAUCAUCAUUUUAAUCCACCUGUACAAGUACAGAGUUUGAAAGAAUCUUUAUUAAUCCCAGGUGAACCAUCAGCUUCUGAAUUAGAUAUCAAUAUACAAUGUCACCUUUCACAAAGAUUCCCUUCUCAUAACUCUGAAACAUGUAAUAAAUCGCACACUGUUGAUUUUGAUAAACAUACUCAAAAUAAUGUAUCCAAUUCUAAAGUCGAUUCUGAGAAAAAUAAUAUAAUACAGGAUGAUACUAUUCAAGCCAUUUUUACAGAAAAUCAUGAUGGUUUAUAUCAUGAUGAAAAAACUUCUGAACAUGGAAAACAUACUGAUGCGGGUCUUGUGCAUGCAUCUAGUGAAAGUGAGGGCAGUGAUAGUGAAGGUUUUGUUAGGAUAAAUUUUGGACAUGAAAUUUCUAGUAAUGAGCUUAGUGGUUAUGCGUCUUCUGGCAAGGGAGCUUCUUUUGAUAGUAUUUCUGGUAGUAAGGAUUCUCAUGAUGGUAAUAAUAAUGUUCCAGAUACUGAUUUCAAAGGUUUUCCUGAACAAAGAAAUGAUGGAAAUGAUACUAUUGCUAAAGGUAAUGAAGGUAGUGGUGCUCAUGAAAAGGUUUAUAUUAAUGGAGUUGCUAAUAGUACAUAUAAUAAUGGUGAUUCUGGAAAAAAUGAAGAACAAAAUGAUUUAUAUGGGAUUAAUGCUACAAAGGAUAUAAUCACAGCUGGAAAGGAUAUUGUAACAGAUGGAGCUGCUCAAGUAGACCAAGGAAUAUCCUUUAAAACAUAUAUCAUAAUAGCCUUAAUACCAUUGAUAAUUAUUUUGUUAUUGAUAUUUCUUAUAAAAGUAAAGUAA